AUGAGUCCCGCAGUCGAAAACCACCAGCCCAGCGGCUCCGCAGCCGGGCGGCGGGACCUCGCCCAUGGAGGUGACCACGCGGCGGUGCAGCUACCGAGGACGACGAUGUCGACCGAAGAGAUCGACGAUACCAUAACGAGGCCUGGCAGCGUCAGAAUCAAUGUCAAAGGGGCAUUUAUCGUCGACCCGGAUACGAGAACGCCGGCGCCUGGUGCCGCUCAAGGAAAUGGGAGAGGCAGUCCGACACAUCCCGAGACGAGCGAUAUUCGGUUGCCAUACCACACGGCAGUGGUGAGCCACAUCAUUGGCGGCUCUCUCAUAAAGCUUGUCUACUUCUCAAGAGAGGUCCAUUCGACCGAGCCCGGGGGCCGACUCAACUUCCAGAGCUUCGAGACCGAUCGCGUGGACGACUGCGUCGAAUUGAUGAAAAACUUGCGCGAUAAGCAGCUGGAGCUCAAUGGUUCGCAGCCCAGCGAGCUCUGCGUCAUGGCGACCGGAGGUGGCGCGUACAAGUUCUAUGACAAGAUCCGCGAUGCGCUCGGCGUCGAUGUACUGCGGGAGGACGAGAUGGAGUGUCUCGACUUCUUCAUCACCGAGAUACCGCGCGAGGUCUUCACCUACUCCGAGACCGAUCCCAUGCACUUCGUCAGCCCCCGCGAGGCCAUCUACCCUUAUCUCCUUGUCAACAUCGGCUCUGGAGUGUCCUUCCUCAAGGUUACCGGCCCGCGCUCGUACGAGCGAGUGGGCGGUACGUCAUUAGGAGGAGGUACAUUAUGGGGACUGCUGUCCCUACUGACGGGCGCACAGACCUUUGACGAAAUGCUGGAUUCAGCCGAACAUGGCGACAAUGCCAAGGUUGAUAUGCUGGUCGGCGACAUUUACGGCACAGACUAUGGAAAGAUUGGCCUCAAGAGCACAGCGAUUGCGUCUUCUUUUGGCAAGGUGUUCCGCAUGAAGAAUGCUGCGGCCAGCGCUGCUGCUGCACAAGCAUCAGGAAGCACGGACGGUCAGGCUACACCAGCAGAUGUCGGAUUCUCGGAUGGCGACAUUUCGAGGUCGCUGCUCUAUGCCGUAUCGAACAACAUCGGCCAGAUUGCUUACCUGCAAUCGCAAAUCCAUAACCUCUCCGACAUAUACUUUGGCGGGUCUUUCAUUCGCGGCCACCGGCAGACGAUGAACACGCUCAGCUAUGCCAUUAGGUUCUGGAGUAAAGGCGAGAAGCAAGCUUACUUCCUCCGCCACGAGGGUUAUCUCGGCGCCGUGGGUGCGUUCCUCAAGCGGCAGCCAAAGAAUUGGGGCAGGCGUGCGAGCCUGGAGGGAAUGGAUGAGGUAUUGGAGUGGAGGCGGAACGAAAAGGCCAAGGAGAGUCAAACAGCGGUAGAUGGCCAUUGA